GGUCUAACAAUCGCUUGCCUUGCCGCGCACGUCACCGUUUCUUUAUCAUUUCGGUGGCAAACUUAACGUAGUAUGGCCGUCGUAUGGAAGUAUUCACAGUUUUACUUCCACAAAGAAUACGCGAUAGACAUUUCACAGAGCGAAUUACGAAAGACAUUUUUAAAUAAAUUCUUUACGCGAGUGAGAUAAAAAGUAAAUAAAUGUGUGUUUAAUUAAACGUUGUGGAUUCGACCUAAAUUUUUAUUUCACUAAUUUCUCCGUCAACAAUAAUUCAAAAUGUGGUUAGUCAGCCAACCAAAUUCUGUGAUUUUGGAAGUCAAAGUGGAACCUAACUCUAUUGGACAGCAGUGCUUAGAAAAAGUAUGCGAGAAGUUAGAAAUAGGCGCCGAAUCGGACUAUUUCGGUCUCCGCGUCUGUUCUGGAUCUGGUCCCGGGAGAUGGGUGAACCUCCGCAACCACUUAGAUCCCCAUCGCUUCCCAAGCCGGCGUCUCGACUUGCGUGUCAAAUUCUGGGUCCCACCGCAUCUGCUCAUCAACGAGCCCACUCGACACCAAUUUUACCUUCACGCGAAAUUGGACCUUAUUGAAGGCAGAUUGGUCGUGGCCGAUCAAGAAGUGGCUCGUCGGAUUAUAGCCUACAUUGCUCAAGCGGAAACGGGCGAUUGCGAUCCUGAUGUUCCAUCACACGUGUACGCCGAGUGCCACAAAAUCGGACCACAGGGUGAAAAACCAGAUGACCAUAUGGAGAAGAUUAUCGAAUAUCACUGCCAAAUAGCUGGAAUGCGUGCUUCACAAGCCGAAUAUAGGCUAUUAAAAGAAAUAUCCAAACUUGAAUCGUUUGGAGAGGAACUGUUCUUUUGCAAACCUGUCACGCAUAGCAAUAAUGCCUACAACCUGUACAGCCAUUUAUCGUAUCACCGACAAGUUGAAGAGCUAAGGGCAAGAGACGAGCAGGAGAUAGAUGGUGGGGCUACAGUGGGUUGUUUGGCGUCGGGGCAAAGCGGCGGAGGCUGUGGCUGCAGGCUGAGUACGUGUGUUGGUGUCGGACCUCAUGGAAUCGUGGUGUACAGGCCAGCUUGUAAUGGAGACCACGAUAUUGGUGUUGAGAAACAGAGUAUCCCUUACACCGCGAUCCACCGAGCUCAGCCACAACGUAGGAUAUUCCAACUGUCCUACGUCACCAACGACGGCCACGAGGCGACGCUGUACGUCAAAAUGGCGACUUCCGGUCAAGCCGCCGCGCUCUACCGCGCUGUCACCGAGAAGCACGCCUUCUACUGCUGCGAAACGGUCAGGAGCGACGUCACUGAACAGUUCAUCAGAGAUCUGAAGGGCACAAUAGCAUCAAUAUUCAACGACUCGUCGACGCUGGGCCGACGAUACGUAUUCGACAUCCGGCGCACAUGUCGCGAGGUGCACGACCGCGCGCGCCGCGACGCGCACGCGCGGGGCUCGCACGAGCCGCGCCCCAGGCGCCGCUCUGCUGCGGGGGCUGGACACGAGGAGUCCCGAUCGCGGUCCCGGUCCGGGUCGCGCGGAGGCGUGAGCGCGGGCGCGGGCGGCGAGUCGCUGGCGUGCCGCGUGUGCAUGGACGCGCCCAUGGACACGCUGUUCCUGCCGUGCAGGCACGUCGUCUGCUGCGACCUGUGUGCGCCACGAUGCGAACGCUGCCCACUGUGUCGCGGCGAGAUAGACAAGUUGAUGCAUAUAUUCCUCCCUGUGGAAUAUCAGAGAAGUCCCGGGGUUAUAAUAAAAUAACACAUCAGACAUUUAUGCGACUGUGUAUUCAAUUGAUAUUAAAUGGAAACUGGACUGAAGAGGUCGUCGCGUUCUUCAGACGAAAAUUCAUGUUGACGCGUCAGCCAUGUAAAAGUUAAGUGACAAUAAGUUGACGAAACUUCAAAGUGUGAUUUGAGAAGGCUCGAGACUGAAAAGUGGCCUUAAAUGCGUGUGUGUGUGAUUGUCUAGUCAGAACUUUGACGUUUUUAAGUUUGUUUCAAACUAUUGUGCUGAUCGUGGUUUGUUCUCUUUGAGUCUCGAAGAAAUAUGACAAGUAUUUUACUGUUCCAACUUCAUUCAGUCCUGAGGGUCUGUUCAUAAACUUUAUCUGACGAAUAAAGGCAGUUUGGUAGUUUUUGUAUUGGUCUUAUUUGUCAAAUAAAGUUUAUUUGGUGGUUGUGAAACAAGCCGGCAUUUAAGGAUUUAUAUGUAUAAGUAUUGCAACCAUUGACAAAUGUUAACAGGGCUCUCUCCAUUUUUGUCAAUAUAGAAGUUUGAAACUUCAUUGUUUUGGAUUCAGCCAUUGACCAUAGAUCAUGAUGAGAGAUCAGACCAAGAUCACCACGAUUGUAUGGAUCAUAAUAUCUAAAUGUGCAUUUUUUAAUAAUAAUUACUGUCUAAGGGAAUGUAGUUGGACUCAUCAGUUUAAUCUCAUUCCUAAUGUAUUAAAAACAAUUAUAACUCGGUACUUACUUAUUUCUUUGCUCCUAGGAGCUUUAUAAGUAAUUUACCGAAUAUGAUUAACAUAAAAACAUAAAUUAACAAAAGUACUUACUUAACGUUAAGGACAAUUACCCUUCGUUUUAGAAGGUGCUAAUCAAUUUUCUAACUUAGAAAUAAUUUUGUGAUGAACAAUUAUAUAAUGUGGAGUGGUAAGUACCUACCUACCUACCAAUUUUGUUAUGAUAAACAGAAAUGUGACCUUCUGCAAUUCUACUUAAUACAAGUUUAUUGUUAGAGUGAAAAUAAAUACUUAAGUACAUAAAAAUGGUCUGUGUGAUUGUCCACAAUCACUUAUGCUUGGUUUUUAUAUUAAUUUAUCAAUGAUCCAGAUCAGGAGGUCACUUUUCAUUGUUCUAAAGGUAGGUGCGUACAAAAAUAAUGAUUUUAUUACUUACACCGCAAGCGUCUUCAUUUUUAUUAAAAUGAUAGUAGAAACAUUACCAAAUAUUAUUUGUUUGUUAUACAUUAGUUUUGUUAUAAGUAAAAGUUGCAUUUUUUUUUCUUAAUAAUUUCAACUGUCACUUUUAAUUAUCUAAGUUAAAGUAAUUGUAAGACCUGUGGUCUCUAAGUUAUUAAUUUUAAAUGCUAAUAAAAAUAAAAAUUUAGGAUAAAUUC